UUAUAAUGAAGAGAGUGAAAUGUUAUGGACGAGUUAAAAAGAGUGUUGCCCUUGAAAAGCCAGUUGUCAAAGAUUUCUUUGGAGAAGAAGAUUACAAAACAUCGCUGUGGGACUUUGACUCUCUGAAGAAGGAUGAUAAAGAAAAAGAAAGUAAACCAGUUAAGAGAGCCGGGAGGAAAAAGAUGAGCAGCCAACGUUACUUUUUUCCAAGCUCACCUGAUAUGUUUACUUCCUCAUCUUGUGAUUCAAAAAUAAAAUUAACAAACAAAAAGGGGCAAAGAGCAAAAAAAGAAAAAAAUAACAAGAACAUUCCAGAGUCAAAUAAAAUAAAUUUGAGAAAAAGGCUAAGAGACAAAAAUAAUGAAAUUGAUAUUUAUGAUGCUGAAAUACAACCCAAAUGGUCAGAAAUUGAAGAUCAUGAUUUGUGUUUAGAAACAUAUAAGAGAUACGAAAAAUCAAACAUAAAAGGAACUUGA